AUGAAAGAUAUGUUCAUGUCUAGGGUAAGAUUAUCUUCAUUGUUAAUUGAAAUCAGUGGCAGUUGUGUGAAUAGAUCGGUAGAUUGUUUAUUUUUACUAAAUAGUACUUAUGUAACAAGAAGGCAUCCCUUUGAAGAUAUAAUAUUUUGUUAUUUUGAUUCUAAAAAUAAUAUAAAUAUUAAAAAGAAAAAAAAAAUAAUAGUUAUUAUUGUAAGAAGUAGCAAUAUUUAA